GCCAGCGUUGGGGAGCGCGCCGCCGCUUCCGCCGCCCGCCGGGGAUUCCCCGGGGCUGGCGCGCGGGGAGGUCCCUGUGCGCGCGGGUACAAGAGGGCGGCGCCGCCCGCCGCGCCACCGGCCGGCAGCUCCAGCCAUGCCUCGCGGCCUCCAGCUCCUGCUCCUGAGCUGCGCCUGCAGCCUGGCGCCCGCGACGCGGGAGGUGGAGGUGACUUGUUCGGGGGAUGUGGAGUUGCCCUGCCCCGCCUCCUGGGACCCGCAGGUCUCCUACACGGUCUCCUGGGCCAAGCUUACAGAGUCCGGUGAAGAGAGGAUCAAAGUGCGCCAGCAAGGCGGGCGCUAUCCCCAGAAAGAGCACAGGCGCUCUGUAGAGGCUGCUGCUGAGAUGCUGUAUUCCCUGAAGAUCCAGAACGCUACUAGCUGCAGCUCGGGGAUGUACAGGUGCACUCUGGAGGGGCCCGGAGGGUGGAGGAACCCAAGUGGCACGGUGAUCUUGAAAGUGACAGGAUGCCCUAAGGAGCGCAGAGAGGACACUUUUAAGAAAUACAGAGCUGAGAUCGUACUGCUGUUGGCUCUGGUCGUUUUCUACUCGACACUCAUCAUUUUCACUUGUUUUGCACGACAGCAGAGUAUUUUUCCAGAUUUUUCUAAACCUGCCAUGGAACGAGCUUUUCUUCCAGUCACCUCCCCACAUAAGCAGUUGGAGCCAGUGGCUCUCCACAAGACAGAGAUGGUAUGAGCAGCAUCUCUGCAGGUUGUUCCUUCCAGAGUCGAGGGCUUAGUGAUAUGCCACUGGACAAGGAAAGAAUGAGCCCCACACUGAAGAGGACAUCCUUCCUGUGACAUCCUUCACCUGACGGAAACAUCUGAGAGUGAAUACCACCCCACGCUGUGUGAGCAGGACUUUGAAAACCAUAACAUGACCACAUAGCAUGGGGCCACCAUGCUUUCCAGGGCUGCCACUUCACAGCUCUCUUCUCAGCAUCUUAUUCAGCUAUCUGGUCAACCUUGCGGAAGUUUUCUCAGUCAUGUAAAAGCUUUGGUGAGAUGCAGUUGGAAAAGGGUCUUGGAAAAUACGAAUGCCCAGAGCUGGCCCCAUGAUAAACCCUUAAGGACAGCUGUCCUCUUCCACAUCUGGGAAACAUCUUGAAUUUGCUGUGUUUUCUUGUACUGGCCCAGAUGUUUUAUGUGUGGGAGAAAUUGACAGGCCAAACUGUGAGACAAUGGGAAAUAUUUAGCAAACAGUUUCCCAGUGCGAAGGCAUUGCCGUUAGGAGGAGUAUGAUGUCUACAUAGAAAUUAUAGGUUGAACUGUUUCUCAGCAGAGUCUUUUCACCAGGGAAAGACAGCCACAAAGAAGCAAUAAAGAAGAGUACCAUGAAAAAAAAAAAAAAAGAAGAGUACCAUGUUUAUUUUUAUAUCUGCAUAUACCUGUCAAAGAAGGAUUCGUGGUAUUUCCCCUUUUGAAAUCUGUAUCUACAGUUAGAUAUGAAGGCUAACUGACAAGCCACUUGAAUAUGGAGAGAGACACGUCAGAGAGGGGGACAACAGGCUGAAGACCUAUCUAGUGACCCGACCAAAUGCCAGGCCAGUUCCACAGCAUGGGUCCCCCGCUGUCCGCUACUGAGCUGUAUAAUCUUGAACGAGAUCCUUAACGUUUCUGGUUCUUUAGUUGUGAACCAGAAGGUUGUUGCAUGAGAUGAUUGAAAUAACAUAUGUGGAAAUGCUUUGGAAAGUGUAAAGUAUACAAAUGUGAAACUCCCGUGGGUCAUUAUCCUUAUUAUAGUGGUGUUCUGGGCGCAAGAGGACACCUCUCAUUUUUCAUGUUUUCUAUCGCUCCAAACAAAGAAGGCUAUGAAGAGGACUUUUCCAUAGUCUUCUGCAUGAGUCCUUUUGGGGAAGUGGGGAGGCCAGCUUAGAAGUCUGUUCAUGAAGCACCAGCCCGAAGUCCUCCAGGACAUGGACACACAGGAGCCACUGGGCUGUGGGGAGAAGGGAGUUCACAAAAUGUUACGUUGACAUGUCGGCAGUUGUUGGGUUUCUCCUGUCAAACUUGGCACUUUCCCUACUUGUUUUCCAAAGAAAUUUUAGCCCUUUAGCGGUGUGUACAUUGCCUGCUCUAACAUUAGAGAGUAAAAGGGAUGCCAACAUGA